AUGCGUCUCAGCCACACUACACUAUUGAUUGCAGCUGCAUUGUUCAUUCGUAGCAGUGAUUCUAAGCCAACUUCGCAAGUUCCUACUAUUCGAAGGCCAAACACCACGCCACUUCGAUUAGUAAACGUCGAAGCAAUGGAACAAGCUCGUGCCCGUAGUGCUGUGGAGAUAGCGCGAGCAAGAGUUGCUGCUGAAAUUGCAAAGAAGGCGCAAUUUGGGACAGAACGCUUGGGAUAA